UUUUCAUUGACUAAGUUUCCACCGAGGGUUCGAAUCGAGUCAGAGUCGGGUCAGAGUCGGGUUGGAGUAAGAAUUCUUACGGUGGAAACACUAUCAACUCUACCCAAUAAAAUUUUAGGGUAGAGGCCAAAUGGGGUUCGAUGGAAACGAUCGAGGUUACUCUCGUGUUGCCAACAGAAUGAAUCCAAAUUGAGUUGCGUUUCAAACGUAUUGUGUUGCGUUGUGUUGCGUUGCGUUGUGUUCACAUAUACUUUUGCUUUAUUAUUAAGUAAUGAACAUGAAUCAAGAAAAAAAGAAGCCGGCUACUUGGGAUGUCAAAGAAACGGAAUGCUUUUUAGCACUCAUAAAAGAAUUGCAAGUGACAACAUUAAUGGACGGAAAAAAAUUCCGAACUUCAGAAAUAUUUAAAAAAGUAGAGGAAGCAUUCAAGGAUAAAGGAUACAACAAAACACACACGCAACUUUUAGAAAAAUUUAAAGCAAUGAAAAAACGAUUUAAAAGUACAGUACAAGCUUUAUCAGUAAGUGGCGUAGGAACCGACGAUAAAGUAAAGUGUCCUUAUUUUGACGAAUUAAAUGAGAUAUUUGGUCAUCGACCAAUUGUGAAUCUAAGUGGAAUAGAUUCUAUACAACCUGAAAACCUAGAUUAUGAGACCUCUGGUUAUUGUGCAAGUGAUACUGAAAUAUCAGUAUCAAAAUAUGAUGAAUCACAGAGUGAAAAAUUCGUGAAAAACAGUAGUCGUUCUAGCCUAUCGCCAGUUACGUCAAUUUGUCAGAAAAGAUCAUCUUCUGAUACUCUAUAUAGUUCAUCAAUGUCUCCAAUAUCAAACUGUUUAUCGGAAGACAGUAGAGAUACUUUGCCUUCCUUUAAUUUGCAUGAAUUUGAUGAAUCUGAUAAACCAAGCACUUCUAAAAAACGUAAAAUAUGUGAAACACCUACAUCUAGAAGUCGCGAAGGUCCACGAUCUGGCUUAAAAAAUAUUAUGCAAAACUUUGCAGAAAAGAUAAUGGAAUCACAAGAAAAACUCAUAACAAAAACUAUUGAAGAGCAGCGCAAGCUUGAUAAUGACAUAUUCGAUCGAUACAAUAAUAUUUUAUUACAGCAAACACAAAUGUUAAUCACAGGAAUGCAGAAUUUGAGUUCUCCCUUUCCUAAAAAUUAUCAGCCAUUUCAACAAUUUCCUGGGAUUUCAACUACUAUGCCACCAAUGAGUCCAAUGUUCACAGAAACUUUGUUACAUCAGCCUUGCUCUGUACAACCAACAGUUUCACGUCAAAAUGAUAAGAGUACAGCCUAUCCUUGUACUUUGUAUGAAACGCAAACUCGCCUAAAGUCAAAUCAAACUAAAAAAGCGAGUCCCAAAUUUACAACAAAACCACCUUUAAAUUCCAAUCAAUCAAAAACUACAUUUGAACAACUACAAAAUUCAUCCACUUCAUUUCAUACAUCCAUUAGAUCACAAGGUGAAACACUGUCUUGUCCUGAGGUUGAAGAUGACAUUGAAUAUGAGAACAUUGAAUAUUUAGAUAAAGUUGAAAGUGACUGAAAUAGUCAUCAAUGUAAAAGAUUGUUAACAAAAACUACUUACAAUAUAUCUUUUAAGUACUAAGAUUGCUUUCCAUUUAAUGACACAAGUCGACACAAGCAUCAUUCUAUUCUUUUGCAGUAUUUAAUGAAUAACAAAAAUAAAAGACGCUUGUGUCAACUGUGCUCCUUAAAAGGAAAGCAGCCUCAAAUUAGCUUUGUUUCAUGCGUCGUUUUGAUGUAUUAUUUCUUUUGAUGUAUUAUUUCGUUUAUUUUUCAUAAGAGUGAUUUUCAAAAAAAUUAUAUUCUAACAAAAAAUAAUAAUUUUAAGAUUUAAAGAUAUAAUGAGACAUAAGUCUUUCAUGUUAUACAAUAUUCUUUAUUUUAUAUCUUUCGUAUUAUAAAAAAUUUGUUUAAUUUGUUUAAUUUUUAAAAUUCGUGAUUUUUAGUUUAUGAUCAAAUGUUAUUCAUGAUAGAAUUUUAUGCAAUAUGAAAUUAUUAACAUUUACUUUAUAUACCAAUUAGAUCACAAUAUAAAACUUGUCUUGUGAUCGAAGAUGACAUUGAGUACAAAACAUUGAACAUGUUUAGAUAAAAGUAAAUAAAAUAGUCAUCAGCCAAAGAUUGCUAAGAAACUACCUACCACAUAUUUUUUAAGUAUUAAAAUUUUCUUUGUAUUAUGCGUGUUAUUUUUAUAUGAUACUAUUACAUGUGUGUUUUUUAUAUGAGUAAUCUUAGAAAAAUUUAUACUCUACUAUAAAUUAAUAAUUUUAAAAUUUGAUUCUAAAUAUAUAAAAGUCUAUUCUAAA